UACAAUUUUAGAAGACAAUAAUGCCCCCUCCUGUCCUCCAGAUUCCAAUCUCCUGAUCUGGAACUUGGAAGAGCAUUUCGGUCCAGACCCAAAAGGCCUGCGGAGUUCUGGUGGGCAGCCCCGCCGUCGAUUGCCGGAGCUCCGAUCUGUCCGUCCGUCCAGAAUCAAUGCCCGAGCAAGUGAUGAAUAAAUACUCAAGGUAACCCGUUAACCUUCUGGGUAUAGCUAUUGCAGCUCAAAACCUCAGUUAUUCUUCUAGUUCUCAAUCCAGUGCUAGUCUACACUGAAUAUCUAUUAACAAAAAUCCAUGAACCAUUUGCGGGAGCUGAGAAUUUCAUCUCUUCUCAAAUGGGUAUCUGUAAAUUAUACUCACAAUAGCUUUAGACCAUCAAGAACCAAACUUUGGGCCAUUGGGUCAACCGACAUUGCUCAGAACUAUAGGUUUUAUCGCACCAAAAAAAGCUUGGAGGAAAAAUCCCAAUUUUCUCCGACUGUUAGGCGACAAGCCCAGGCUGCUCUAUUGGAGUACUUGCAUUCCACCAGAGGGCUGCAGUUUUUGGAUGCUGAGCACAUAAGUAGAAACUCGCCACAUUUUCUUGAAAGUUUGUUGAAAAGGGUAGAUAAUAGUGAAAGUCAGAGUGUUGGGUCUGUAGCUAGGUAUUUGAGGUACCAUCCCAUUAAUGAAUUCGAGCCGUUUUUCGAGAGUAUGGGGUUGCACCCUUCUGAGUACUCUUUGGUGCUCCCACCACAGUUGAUGUUCUUGAAUGAUGAUCAGGUUUUGAUGCAGAACUAUCAUGUGUUCUGUAAUUGCGGUUUUCCAAGGGAUAAGAUAGGCAAAAUUUACAAAGAAGCUCCGGAGGUCUUUAGGUAUAGCCGAGGAGUAUUGGAGUUGAAGCUUCGGUUGUUUGGUGAGGUUGGUUUAGAGUUAGACCGAUCCACUUUGGUUAAGGUUAUUUAUUCUAAUCCUUACCUUUUGGUAGGAAAUGUGGAUAGGGAAUUCUUAAGAUUUUUGGAGAAGUUGAGGAGUGCGGGAAUUGAACAUGAGUGGAUUUGGAAGCAGUUAUUGAAAGGAGUCUCGUAUAACUGGAGCCGUUUAUUUGAAGUCCUACUCUUGUUCGGUAAGUUAGGUUUUGGUGAAGAGCAAUUGGGAAAAGUAAUAGGCAAUAACCCGGAGCUUUUAUUUGAGAGCUCAGGGCGUACUAUAUUUUCAAUUAUGGGAUUCUUGUGGAAAUUUGGAUGCACGCAGCAUAAGAUAUAUAGCAUGUUUGCUCAAUUCCCACAAAUUCAAACCGGGAAGUUUCUUAAGAACUUGCACUACUGUUACCAUGUUCUGAUUGAAAUUGAAAUGCCCGUUGAGGAGAUUGGGAGUAUUUUUCGCACGGACCCUUUGCUGCUGGGUUCGUGUUCUUUAAAGAAAGCAGACAGCUUGCUACGUACUUUAAAUUCUGGGAAGAAGCGGCUUUGUAAAAUGAUCUUAGAGGAUCCACAGGUUUUGAAGAAAUGGGUUCUAGGAGCAAGAGUCGAACCAGUUCCAAUAGCCGAAGAGAUGCAAAGAUCAAAAGAGAUGAAAACUAAGUUUCUGUUGAAUUUAGGCUUUGUUGAAAACCGGGGUGAAAUGGAAGGAGCUCUCAAAGCUUUUCGAGGAAAAGGGUUGGAGCUUCAAGAGAGAUUUGACUGUUUUGUCAAGGCCGGUAUAGAUCCUAAAGACGUCUCUACGAUGAUCAGAGUUUAUCCUAAUAUUCUCAACCAAACCAAAGAUGUCAUCGAAGCAAAGAUCGAUUUUCUUGUCAACAGCUUGGGGUACCCGCUGUCUAGUUUAGUUUCAUUCCCAUCGUAUAUCGCCUACAAUUUACAGAGAACUAAACUUAGGGUUUCUAUGUAUAAUUGGCUGAAAAAUCAAGGGAGUGUGGAUCCUAACUUGGCCUUAAGGACCAUUGUAGCUUGUUCAGAGAAAGCUUUCGUGAGGGCAUAUGUAAGUCGACAUCCUGAAGGUCAUGAAAUUUGGGAAAAACUGAAGAAAGAUAUAAACCCUUCUGAUUGAACCGCAUUAAUUAUAAGAAUCAGUUGAAGCGUAUUAAUUAUAAGAAUCAGUUGAAGGGCAUAAUUAAAAACUAGAUUGGAAUGGAGAUGCAUCGUUUAAGUCUCCUAUUCGUGGUGAAAUGAGGCUUUCGUUUGCACAUCAUCAGAAAUCCUAGAACGAGGGGCAUCAACAACCUAACCAGUGACUAACAUCUUAAUUCGGCCCCGAAAGUAUAAUGGUUUUUGGUUAACGGAAUAGAGAUGAUACGAGAGUAAAGGUCUCGUUUGCAAUUUGCAAAGUCGAAGGACAUAGAAUUCUGAUGGUUUUGCAAAUUUGCAGCUAGUUUUGAUCUUUGCCACUAAACAUGAAACUGGUAACUCUUCUCCUACUGCUUAACCAUUAUUACAAUUACUACACUUGAUAUGAUUCCUUCCAUUCAGACUAUUUUGGCCCUCAUGUAUCCAUGGAGAAAAUGUGUACAACUACAUGGUGGCAUAUAAGAUGAGUUACUGCUAUAGUGCUAUCAUCUAUGUUCAUGAAUGGUACACAAAGUAGCAUACUUAGUAUGUUGCUGAAUGCCGAUUGGUUUACCUCUUUGUGGUCCUUUGCAUAAAUACGAGGGUAAAUUGGGUAACUUUGAUUCAAAACUAGUCUAGGGUGUCUAUAAUUGAUCAACACAUACUAUAAAGGUCGAUGAACAGUUCAAAUCAAGAAGCUUGAGAUUUAAACUCAUGUCUCUUAGCUGGGGUUACUGUCCAACCAAUCAUUAUUCCAUGCACCAUGGUCCACACAACUAUAAACGUACAUUAUUUGAGUAUUGAAAGUA